AUGUUCAGACACGUUUUCACUAUAAUGGGAUACUGCUGUCAGUUUGAUGUCCAAUAUUUCAGAGAACAAGCAGGUAUGGGUAUCAACUUACGAACCGGUACCGAAGUAUCAGAAGCAAUGGAUAUAAUUGUAAACAGUCAGAGAACGCUUUUUAAUGGAAGUGUUGAAGAUAGCUAUGAAUUUCUAUAUGUCUUUGACAAGCAAGAUAACCUAACACUAUUAAACAGACCAAUUACUCUGCCUCCGCUUACGUAUUUUGACGUCACGGUGAACGUAUGGGCGAUCGACUCAUCCAGCGAUGUGAAAGCUCUGUCCUUAGAUAACCGAAAAUGUUUUCUACCCUCUGAUAAUGAAGUUAACGCAAAUUCAUACCAAGGUUGCAUGACAGUACUGAUGAUGAGGAAAGUAAUUGGACACUGCCGUUGUAUACCUUUCAAUUAUGAUCCGAAAGAGCUCAAAGUCGAAGAUUUUCGCCAAUGUUCGUGGGAACGACUAAAGUGCAUUUAUAAGAUGAUAGAUCAGGUUCAGAACGACAUUCGGAACAUAAUAUUGGAGCAUGAGUGUUACCAGCGAUGUGACUAUGUGCAGUUCGACACUGAGGCGGAGUACAUCAAAUUGGACCGAAUUCCUAUUGGAACAGCGGAGCGUAACACCCGUGUAACUGUGCAUUUCGCUGAUAACACUUGCCUCAAGUAUAAACGGGAAGUUUUAUAUACUUGGGAUCAAAUGCUUGCGAAUCUCGGCGGUAUCUUCGGUCUCUGCCUCGGUGGUUCUAUUAUAAGCGUUAUAGAACUAAUUUGGUUCGUACUUGGACUAUUGUUUACGUUUUGUGGUUUUAAGAAUAAGGUGGCGGAAAAAAAGGACACCAAAAUGGUUUUUACGUUGUCGAAAAAGAACUUCACAAACACACCAUCGAAAUUUGAAACGAAGAAAAUUGGACGAUAUCCUUUUUUGAAAUGA